CACUCACUUUAGGCCAAUCCGUCCUCUUUCUCUCUCUGUGUGUCUCUCUCCUACUCUGAGACAGAGUCAGAACUCUUCUCCCUGACAGCCACAAACAUCUACAGCACUUACUGCAUUCAGAGAGGGAACCUGCAAACAAAACUUCACAGAAAACUUUCUAUUCUUGUUCCAGAGAAUUUGCUGAAAAGGCGAGGGGAAAAAAAACAAACAUACAAACAAACAACAAAAAACCUGUGUGUGAAGAGAGAGGCAAAGCAGGGCCUUUUAAAAAGGGAAUCACAACAACUUUUGCUGCCAGGAUGCCUUUGCUUUUGAAGAGAGGAUUUUUGUUGGUGCUUUGCUGGAUUAUAGCGAGGAGUUCUCCAACCCCAGGAUCUGAGGGGCACAGUUCAGUCACCGGCUGCCCAUCGUGUGCCCUUGCCACGCUCUCAAAGGAUGUGCCAAGCUCACAGCCUGAGAUGGUGGAAGCAGUAAAGAAGCACAUACUGAACAUGUUGCACUUGAGGGACAGACCUAACAUCACUCAGCCGGUGCCCAAGGCAGCACUUUUAAACGCCAUAAAGAAACUCCACGUAGGAAAGGUGGGAGAGGAUGGCUAUGUGGAAAUAGAGGAUGACAUUGGAAGAAGAGCAGAAAUGAAUGAACUUGUAGAGCAAACUUCAGAAAUCAUCACAUUUGCAGAAUCAGGCACCGCAAAGAAAAUGCUGCACUUUGAGAUUUCCAAGGAAGGCAGUGACCUAUCGGUAGUGGAGCAUGCUGAAGUGUGGCUCUUCCUGAAAGUCUCCAAGGCCAACCGAAGCAGAACAAAAGUGACCAUCCGACUGUAUCAACAGCAGAGACAGCCCAAAGGCAACUCUGAAGGAGCAGAAGAAAUGGAGGAUGGAGAGCUGAAGGGUGAUCAAAGUGAGACUCUCAUCUCUGAAAAGAUGGUGGACACCCGUAAAAGUACCUGGCACAUCUUUCCUGUCUCCAGUAGUGUGCAAUACCUGUUGGAUCAGGGCAAGAGCUCCCUUGAUGUGCGGAUUGCCUGUGACCAAUGCCAGGAGACUGGAGCCAGCCUGGUGCUGCUGGGCAAGAAGAAGAAAAAGGAAGAUGAUGGGGAAGGGAAAGAGAAGGAAGUUGGAGAAUCCACAGUAGAAGAGGAGAAAGAGCAGUCACACAGACCUUUCCUGAUGAUGCUUGCCCGGCAUUCAGACGACCGCCUGCACAAACGACGGAGACGGGGCCUGGAGUGCGACGGCAAGGUCAACAUCUGCUGCAAGAAGCAGUUCUUCGUCAGCUUCAAGGACAUUGGAUGGAGUGACUGGAUCAUUGCUCCCACAGGUUAUCAUGCCAACUACUGUGAAGGUGAGUGCCCCAGCCACAUAGCGGGCACAUCUGGUUCAUCAUUGUCCUUCCACUCCACGGUCAUCAACCAUUACCGCAUGAGGGGCCACAGCCCCUUCUCCAAUCUCAAGUCAUGUUGUGUGCCCACCAAGCUACGGCCAAUGUCCAUGCUAUACUAUGACGACGGGCAGAACAUCAUCAAGAAGGACAUUCAGAAUAUGAUUGUGGAGGAGUGUGGCUGCUCAUAGACACACACCCACACCGAGGGCCUCCUGUCUGUGUGGAGAAUUGAAAAGAAGCUGCAGUAGAGGAAAGACCCGGCUAUGGUUUAAUCUUUCCAAAUCAAACAAAUUUAAAACAAACAAACAAAAGAUGGAGUUCAAAAAGAUUACAGACAGACAAAGGAAGAAAAAGAGUGCAUAAACAAACAGGGCUUGAAUGAGAAAUUUUUUGAAUAGCAGUGUGGCGAGGGAGAUUCCCCUUCCUUUCAAUAUGUUCCAUAUUUUAUUAUAUAGUAUGUUAAACAUUAUUUGUUACAAGGGGAAUUGUGUUCCCUCUCCUAGUUACCCAUCAGUUCAAGCCCUGGUAGCAGCUUGCCUAACCUGCAGCAAUUUGGACUCUGAGUCCAAAACGGCAUUGAAAAUCCUAGAAAAGCCAUGUGUAUGAACACUGCAUUCACUGGCACUUUUCCCUCUCCCCUCCCCCCAAUUUACCAAGGACAUAAUGAGAGUGUAUGUACUGUAUGUAUGUUUGUGUGUGUGUGUGUGUGGGUGUAUAUAUAUAUAUAUAUAUGCCUGUGUGUGCAUGUGUGUGUUUACACGAGCACACACACAUAAAUACACACAUACAUACGUGAACACACACACACAAAUACACACAUACAUAUACUUACUUAUGUUGGUAAAGGGACAAUAUUGCGCAGGUGUUCACACCUUCAUCUUCUGCACUACAUUUGCAAAAAAAAAAAAAACCCCACAAAAAACAAAAAAAAAAACAACAAAAAAGAAGAAAAAAAAUGAAAAAGAAUGAAAGAAAGAAUACAAAGUUACAUUUCGUUAAGGUGCUUACAACAUUAGAACUAUGCAACCUAGUUGGUUUGAAACUGUUUACCUGAGAGAGAAAGAAAAAAAAAAAACCCAGAAAGACUUUAUUUAAUGGAAGUAACUUUUUUUUUGUUUCAAUGAGAGAUACUUGAAAGGAACAUGUUUGUCCAGUUACUGGAGCCGAACAUUUCUAUAUUUUGUAAAAAAAAAAAAAAAAAAAAAAUUUUUAAUCGUUUACUAUUUGCACUACAAUGGUGUUUGACCUGUCUAAUCUUUAUUUAACAAGUAUAUUCGAGGGAGGUUGAUUGGGCGUAGGAGGGGUUGAGAGCUGCACUUAUUGUGGGCUAUACAAGAACUGCUACAGCACACAAAAUAGUUAUUUAUAUUAUAAUAAUAAUUAUUAUUUUGUACCUUUAAAAGAAUAGAGACAUACACCAAAGACAUUUAUGUGAGCCUCUAAACAGUCUGUUUGUGGUUGGUACCGGUCAUAAGUAAUAAGUCAGGGUUUAGAUUAAUGGGACAAUGGGGUUGAUUACAUUCAGGCUGAUAUACAACCAUUAACUAGUUUAAUUGAAAUAUUGCCCAAAACAUAACAGUGGGAUCUGGGUUUAGCUGCGGAUUUCAAACUGCUAGAAAGUCCUGGGUGCUUGAGUCCAGGAUUCUAUUUCAGACCCAUCUAUGGUAUAAUUGUUACUCCUUUCACAUUCAUGACACUAAGACUUUUCCCUGAUGUACAGCAGCUGUACAUUGUAGGAAAACAACUUCAUACAAGGGGGAUAUAUAUAUAUGUGUGUGUGUGUGUGUAUAUAUAUGUAUAUAUACACACAUGGUAUAAGCACUUCAGGCUUCACCCUAAUGUUCUUAAAGCAAUGAAUGUUUGUGUGCAAAGCACAGUGUAUUAAAAGAUUAUUUUUUUUAAUGAAUUGAAAGGAACACAUUUAAAACAAUCCCUCGUAACAAGAAAUCUAAAGCUCCAGUGAACCACUUAGCAAGAUCUGAUGUCACCCUGCAUGCAGCUUUGGGCCCUCUCCACCCUCACACCUGUAGAACACAGAGUAAAAUUAAAGCAAUGGUAUUAUUUCUAUUUCAAAUGCAGUCUUUAAUAACAGACUGGCUGUCUCAACCAUCGCUCUCCAGUCUGGCGACUCUUGAUGAGUUUGCACACUAUAAGACCUAAUUUUCAGUGUCAACACCUAACCUGAAGGGUCCAACCCAUAGGGCAUAGGUAGAUAGGUUUUUAAAAUUCUAUCACUGUCAUAUUUAAAAGAAUGCUGAAGUAAAAACAUUUGUUGUUGGGUAGGGGAAAAGGUUAGAGGGAAUGGGAGAAACCUUAAGGCCUUGUCUACACUGAGUUUGGAAACCAUGAGGCCUGAUGCUGCAAGUUCUUACCCGUGUGAGUAAAGGUUUGCAGGACCAAGCCCCCAUGUUAGCAACAUCCUAGUGAGCUGUGCUUAAAAAAACACUUCUUGCUAGAAAAGCACGAAUAUGGUUCCCCAUCUUGGCGACAGCACGGUUUGUAAAAAAAACAGUUUUAUAGCACAAUUAAGCCCUGUCGACACUGGACAGGGAUACAGUGUGUUAGCACCUUUAUGGCAAGAACCAUGUUUAAGAAGUGUAAUCAGGGCCUUCAUUUUUGUCAGCCAAAACUCCGUGUGUGUGUGUGUGGGUGGGUGUGGGUGUACCCACGUUUGUAUGAAUCGAUUGAGAUUUUAAAAAAAAAGGAAAAAAAAUUCCUCUGUUGAAUAAAUAUCAAUGUAUGUGCUUAUAGCUAAGUUUUCUAUCUAAUUUAUUCCAUAGUAUUUAGAUUGCAUAGUACAGCUAAUGGGUUAUACAUUUAUGUACUUUUUAUACGAUGCAUUUUUUACAGACUUGUUUGCAGUUUGCAAAAAAAAAAAACCUUUGUAAAAAUUGUAACAAUUAGGUAAACACUAAAUUUGUCACUAAAGUAUUCUAUAAGAUAUCAAGGCUUUCUGAUUUAAAUUGUUCCCAGGAGUUUGUAUUUUUCUUUAAGGGGUUACUAACUGCCAAUGGAAAAAAGAAUACAUAAAUAAUUUCUCUUUACAAAUUAAACAAACCAAGUGCCUGAUCUUGCAUCCAUUGAAGUGAGUGGCAAAAUUACUACUGAUUUCAAUAGGAGGCAACUCGGAUUCUGGAACACUGGAGGCCUGAUCCAAAGUUUAUUGAAGUUAGUGAAAAGAUUCCCAUUGACUUCAAUGGGCUUCAGAUCAGGCUCUAAAACUGUACAUCUAGCCCUCCUGGAAAGCUUGUUCAUGUCAGUAGUCCCAUUGACUUCUCAGACUGGGGCUUAGCUUUGGUCUAUUGCAAACAGUGUGUGGGGAGAGAAACUGUAUUUGCAUGAAUGAUGCCACAUCCAACACCAACUAGCUCCCACUUACAUGAGACUAUAGAAAUGUUUUGUGAACCAAUUUACAGCAUGGUUAAUACCCGCUAGCAUAUGCUAUUUUUAAGUUUGAUUAGAUAGCAACUGCUGGCAUGAACUCCAAUCCUUCUGCCAUUAAAGACAAUGGCAAAACUCCCAUAAACUUCAAUUGGAGUAGGAUUGGGCUCAUGAUUUUCCUGGCCAGAGCAGACAGAGUCUAAUUUAAAAAAAAAAAUUAAUGUAGUAUAGCUCAAAAAGCCAACUCCCUCCACAAGUUUAUAUGUGGUGAAAGGGGACUGGUUCUGGAAAACAUGAAACUAGCAUGAGAAAAUUUUCAAGUGAGGAAACAAAAGAGGAGUUUAGAUGUGGUGGGUGGGUUACAUGAUUGGAAAGAGUGGGAGGUUUUCAAGUCAAUAAGUAACUAUUCCCAAGCCCUGCUCAGUAGCUUGAAUUCAUAUGUACGCCCUGUUUCCAAAUUUUAAAAAGUUCUCUCCCUUCAACUCUAGACUCAAUCAUGGGGUUUUGAUUUGUGGUCAGAGUUAUUUAAAGAAGAGGGAAACGAAAACCUAUAUGAUAAAAUAAAAUCAGAAACUGGGAUGUUAAUCAAGACUGACUGAUCAACCCUCUCCCCCCCCCUAAUAAUUUGCUUUAAUUAAAUCUACAGGUCCUCAAAAUAGCAUUAUAAAUUUGACAAGUUCUUUGAGGGGAUGUGAUCUUGAAAAUAACCUCUCUUUUUAGGUAGCAGCAUAGUAAAAGAAAAGAAAAAGAAAAGGCUUUUAAAUGCUAAUGUAUUCCCCUCCAUAUAAGCCACUCCUUGUGAAAUUGAAAAUUAAAAAUAAAUUUCUUCAAUAUCUCUCCAGCACUCGUGCUGUAAAAUGCCUCAGACCUUCCAAAAUGCUGCCCCCUUCCUUGUUGUUUUUUUUUUUUUUAAAUCUACAAAUGUCAGAUAUUAACAGUACAUCCAACUUGGAGAGCCUGUUUUAAGUACAACAUUGAGAUAUGUAUUAGUGAGGACAAAUGUAUUUACCUGUGAUUGUCUGGGGCUUUAGUAAAAGGAAAGGCUUGCAGAUAGUUAUGAUUCCUUUUGGGAUUUUUCUGCACUUACAUUUCACAGGAGAAUGCUGAUCUAGGGCCGCAACUUGUGCCCAUUGAAGGGAAUGGGAGUUUUUCCAUUGACUUCAAUAGGAGCAGUCCUUUAACAAUCACUGUAAACUAGUACUGAAUCAUAAAUCCCCAUAAAUCAAGUUAAUGUACGUGUAACACUACAAACUUGAGGUGCGAUUAGCAGCAUCCUCUGAGUUGGAGAAGCUUAAUCACCCAUAGAAGUCUAUAUGCUAAAUAAAAAAAUGAAGGGCUACUCUUACUCCAAAUAGUCCUAUUGAGUUCAGUGGGGGCACACAUUUAGUAAUUACUACUCAACAUGAGGAACUGUGGCAGAAUAUGUUCCUAAAAUGUAGAUAAAAAGGCAUGUGUUGGAGUUAUUAAAACCUUUAAAUUAAACCUCACGUUAAUCAUAAUCAAUAAUAUGAGUCAAUGUAAGAACAAGUUUCUGAGCCACUUGCUAAUAUUUAAUAGAGCCUUAUUCCACAACUGGUGCCAUUGCCUUUGAAGGGACUACUUGUGGAGUAAUGUGCUAUGCAGUCUGAGUAAGAGAAAUAGGAUUUUGAUCUUAUAUGAACAAUUACAAUUCAUAUUUCCAUGGGCAGAAACAAACAACUUCUGGGUUAUAUAUCAAUUUCUUUUUGAGAUACAAUGAAUUUGUAUUAAUUCUUAAUGGGGGUUGGUAUUUAAACACUUUGAAAACCAUAUACUGAUGAUGGGUUGAAGAUAUAUAUGUAUAUGUAUAUAUGUGUAUUAUAUAUAUCUACUAUAUAUAUAUGUACACCCACCCCCAGUAUAGAUAUACAUAUAUAUAAAUUAUGAAAGCCAAGAUAUUAUGAAGCCUAUUUUGUUUUUAUCAUUUUGUGUUUUGUUGUUGAUAUUAUUAUUAUUAUUAUUAUUAUUAUUUUGCAUAUUACAUGCAGUGCUUUAACCAAUGUCUGUUUGGCUAAUGUAAUUAAAGUUGUUAAUUUAUAUGAGUACAUUUCAACUAUGUCAAUGGUUUCUUAAUAUUUAUUGUGUAGAAGGACUGUUUUUUAAAUUUACAAUAUGUUUAAAGAGGUAACAGUUUGAUAUGUUCUCAUCUGUUUAUAUUAGAAGUUAUUUAUUUCCACGGCAUUCCCUCUGAUAUUUUGAUAUUUGACGGCAUGCUACCUAUACUUUGUACAGUUAGUGGGCAGUAUUCAUCAGCUCCCAGUAGAUUCUUAGGCCUUACAUUAAAUAAAAGACCUGUUUGGGGAUUUUUAUUUUAAAUCUUUCUUAUUGGUUUGCCAGGAAUAACUCAGCGCACUAAUUGUCAGAUACUUUGCCUGCGUGACCAAUUUAUUCCUUCUGUAAUCGCCUGAGACAGAGGACCAAAGUUGUCCCUGGUGUAAGUCCAACGACUUCAGUGAAGCGACAUCACAGAUGAAUUUGGCUUACAGAGAGAGAAUGUCUGUGCUGCAGGGGAAUGCAAGGGAAAGGCAGAGCCAGAGAAGAGGAAGCGUCUUUGCAUGGGGAAGGGAUUGUCAUGUGUUCAAAAUGUUUGGGUCCGGUACAAUUUUAUUUUACAGCGUUCCUUUUGUUAUCUUGCUCUUUCCCUCCAUAACAACAGCAACAACACAAGUGAAAUAAA